CCCUCCCUCCCUGCCGGCGCGGCGCGGAGCGCGGCGGAGCGAUGUGGCGGUGGCGGUAUGUCAGCGGCCGGCAGCUGGACGGCUUCCGACAGUACAAGUACAGUGCUGUGGAUACAAAUCCUUUAUCUGUGUAUAUUAUGCAGCCCAUCUGGAACAAAAUUAUUAAGAUAGUGCCUUUGUGGAUUGCUCCCAACCUCUUAACAUUCUCUGGAUUUGUCAUGAUUUUAUUUAAUUAUUUUCUAAUAUCUUUUUAUGACUGGGACUACACUGCCUCAGGUAGCAGUCCUGGACUUGUUCCCACCUGGGUGUGGCUGUUCAGUGCUUUUACCACCUUUUGUGCUUAUGCUUUAGACUCCAUAGAUGGGAAACAUGCUCGAAGGACUCAGUCCAGUACUCCUCUGGGAGAACUAUUCGACCAUGGACUGGAUAGCUGGGCUACCUCCAUUUUUGUGCUUUCCUUUUUUUCUGUCUGUUCCCGUGAUAAUGGGAAGACUGGAGUUUCUGUAUAUACAAUGUAUAUAUAUUUAAGCAUUGUCUUGUUUAACUUCAUGUGUUCACACUGGGAGAAAUACAACACAGGAGUUCUUUUUCUUCCUUGGGGAUAUGAUAUAAGCCAAGUGGUAUUAAUAGCAGCAUAUCUGCUUACCAGUGCUGUUGGUGUGGAAGUCUGGCAGAAGCCUUUGCUGCUUGGUUAUUACAUUACAGACGUAUUAGUAAUCCUGCUUAUAGGCUUCAGUUUAUUUCUUUCAUUUCCACAAACACUAUACAAUAUUCACAGAGCACAUUUAAAUAAAACACUGAAGAAUGAUUCCCUGUAUGAAGGACUCCUACCUCUUGUGUCACCUCUGUUGCUGUUCGUUCUCCUUACAGUCUGGGUGGUUUUAUCUCCAAGCAACAUAUUAGCAAAGCAACCAAGACUGUUUUUAUGGAUGGUUGGGGUUGCUUUCUCCAACGUUAUUUGCAAGGUGAUCAUCUGCCAGAUGAGCGGCACCCGGCCGGAGCUUUUCCACUGGUUCCUGUUCCCGCUGGCGCUGGUGGUGUAUGCAGCCAUCUCCGGGCUGCUGGGCUGGAUGGAAGAAGCUGUUCUUGCUGUGUUCACCGUCCUGGUCACAGCCGCCCACGUGCACUACGGGGUCUGCGUGGGUAGGCAGCUGAGUGAGCACUUGAACAUUUACAUCUUUUCCCUGAAGAAACGCGCCCAAGAGUGAACACCUGCGCUAUGAUCAGACUGUAACACUGACGUGGAGAUCUGCAACUCUUCUGAUGUGACAAACAGUUGGAAUUAAUCUGAUUAAAAUAACCAAAGAAUAGAAUAGUACAGAUAUCUGAACCACUGCGACAAUGAGCUAUGCAGCAAGAUGCUUCAUCUCAGAGGAAGAUUCCUGUCCAGCAGAGAAGUGUUUACCAAGUUGUUCUGCUGCUAACAUUUAUACUCUUCUAAUGCAAAUGCUGUGUUACUGGCCUCUCUGAAGCUUUGGUCUUCCUCCUCCUUGCCAUUUUGUCCAAAGUCCUGGAGAAAUUCAAGCUGGGUUACAUAAGCUUCUUGGUGGUUUAUAACCAGCACUGGUUUUGAACAGCCUAGCCACCAGUGGGACUCCAGCAGUGCAAACACUCCGCUGUAUGUCCUUCUCACUCAGACAUCUGUGCCUGCUUCAUUUUCCAUAUUUAUUUUCUCACAACUCAUUCCUUCCAUACAACCUCCUGAAAGGUUUAUGCACACUCAGUCUUUUCCUCACCUCAAAUGAAUGUGUGAAGACAAAAGAAUGAGCUGAGAAAGCUAUGGGUACAGUAAAGUGUUUUUGAAAUGUUCGGGUUUUUUUCUCAUUCUCAGCAUUAAGAUGAGUCUCAGCUGACCUGUAUCUGUCAGAAAUGCAGGCUCUGUACAGCAACAGUUGACCUUUUGUAUUUAUUUUCUAGGCAGUAACAAGCACAAGUUGUUGGUAUUUCAGUAGCAAUGAGCAAUAUACUCUACAAAGGUAACCAGCAGAAAAUAAAUUUGGCCAGCAGACCUUCAAAGAUUCACACAUUUCACUGCAAAACUAGUUUAAGUCAAACAUCGUGUAUGAGUGCAAAAUGCAAAACCAUUAUUUGCCUGUGUGCUUGAAGCGAAUUCUUGUGGGGUUAGAAAAUGACAAAAGAAAAAGAAACAAGAAGAGCCUUUUUUUUUUUUUUUUUUUCCCAACAUUACACAUUUGCAUGCAGAUGUAAACUGCUCACUUCAUCUCUAAUACACGUAGGUUUUCUGCAUGCCUUGGAGGAAGGAGUAAGAAUUUGAGUUUCAUCCCUUUUCAUACGCUGCCCUAGCCAGAGGGACUUUGUGGUCUUGAAGCAUUAAUGAAACAAUCUGUCCACUUCCCCAAGGUAAGCAUGAGAUUACAUUUCUUGCACAGAGGGAUGGGAUGGACAGACUGGCACAUUCAUUAACUAUUUCACUUGCCAGAAGCCAGGCAAAAGCACAA